AUGAGCACAACAGGUGACAAUUACACUAUACACAAAGUUUCCCUAAAACGUACUCGACAGGCUUGUGGUCCUUGUCGUCGGAAAAAAGCACGUUGCCCAGGAGAAAAGCCGACAUGCUCGCUAUGCCAUAGAUUAGGGCAAUGCUGCUCAUACGGAACGCAAACAUCCGCCCGUGCGAAGGGUCUCAAGCUUCCAUCGGCUCCCUCGGCUCCCUCGGCUCCGACUCGAGCCCAGGACCAGGAGACAAACAGAGAUAGCACCACCGAUGGGAUGUCUCGAGCUCCGGGAGACUUCAGCGCAUUGAAGAAAGACUAG